AUCAGUUGAUGAGGAAGUCAGUUCUUAUACUCUACCGAUGGUUACAGAUGUUUCUUUGCUCUGAUAAUUGCUUUCCCCUCGGCCUCUCUGGUAUCGGAUUAACUGGAUUCGAGCAUGAUCCUGGCACAGGGAAACGGUGUUUCUUAAGCGAGUGGUCCAGCACGAAAACGUUUUGACGGUCACCAAAGCACUUUCACUGUCCCCUCUCCGCGAUGGAGUCCAGCAAGACUACCGCGUGGAGCAAUUUCUGCCAGAAGGCGAAACCUCUCUUCUCCAACAUCGUGAAGGGCAAGAAGCACACCUCCAAGCUGCAGGUCGGGAAGAAGCGGGUUCUGGACCGGAGAAAGAGUGUCUCGGUGCCGGACCUGGCGGUCGCGCAGAGCUUGUCCUCUGAAAGAGAUGGGCCAGCGGGUCCCCAGCUGUCGGGCCUCAACAGCCCUUUCUACAGCUGCCACUCCCUCGGGCUGGAUAAGGCCCCGACCGACGGCGGCAGCGCCGCUGCUGCUGUGGCCCACGAGCUGGCCGUGCCGGCGGAAAUGAGGACCUGGGCCUCCACGGAGUCCAUGCAGGACAGACUGACGAUAGCCGAGGAGGAUGGCUUGUCCUACACAUUGGAGGACAUGGACUUCAAGGACAGUGACACUACAGGACCUGCCCUGCCACGGGGCUCAGGAGUGCCCGCCAUAGCAGUAACAGAGGAGGAUAGUGUUGGCAAUGAAUUUGACAGCCAGACGGCACAGUGUGCUGAAGAAAAUAACAUGGUUGAAGAAGGCGGCGAGGCUACGUCUGCACAGCCUCAGAAGGGGUAUCUCCUGAGCAUCAAUCUGAAAGAAGGAAGAAAUCUGGUGAUCAGGGAUCGCUCUGGUACCAGUGACCCCUACGUCAAGUUUAAAAUGGAAGGCAAGACUUUUUACAAGAGUAAAGUUAUGUACAAAAACCUCAAUCCAGUGUGGAAUGAAUCCUUUUCUUUGCCUCUGCGGUGCUUGGAGCAGAAACUCUAUAUCAAGGUCUAUGACCGGGACCUGACCAUGGACGACUUCAUGGGCUCCGCCAGUGUGUUGCUGAGCGAACUUGAACUUGACAGACAUUAUGAGAAGGUUCUUCCCCUGAGUGAUCCCAACAGCCUGGAGGAUGACAUGGGAGUUAUCGUGUUGGAUGUGUGUCUGGCGCUCAGAGAUGGGGAGAGUAAGAAGAAUUUGAGGUGGCCUCCCAGAAGAAAGCGAGGCAGCAUGAGGUCGAACAUCGUGCAGAGCAGCCCGGGCCUGGCCGAGACGCUGCGGAAGAGCCAGUUGUGGAGUGGAGUGGUCAGCAUCACGCUGGUGGAGGGCCAGGACAUGCUGGACGAUGGCACUGGGGAGGUCUUCAUCCGCUUCAGGCUGGGAGACCAGAAAUACAAGAGCAAGAACGUGUGCAGGAGGGCGAAACCUCAGUGGAGAGAGAAGUUUGAUUUCAACCAGUUCCAGGACGGAACUGUGAUGCUGGAGAUCGAGGCUUGGGCCAAGGAGGGCCGGAAAUGGGAAGAGAUCAUUGGGACAUGCGAUCUAGACCUGUCCAUGGAGCCGGUGAACGAGACCAGGCCCCACACCAGGGUGCUUCGGGACAGGAACAAUCCAGGGGAGAGCCGAGGGAAGGUGGUAUUUCUGGUCAGCCUGGCUCCGUGCACCGGCGUCUCCAUCGGCGACCUGUGCGACCCUCCUCUGGAGGAGCCUGCAGAGAGGACGCAGAUACUGGAGAGAUACUGCUUGAAGAACUCAUUAAAGAAUUUAAAAGAUGUCGGCUUCCUUCAAGUGAAGGUGAUAAAGGCCACGGAUCUCUUAGCAGCUGACUUAAUAGGAAAAAGUGAUCCUUUUUGUAUGUUAGAGUUGGGGAAUGACCGGCUUCAAACUCACACAAUAUACAAGAACCUCAACCCAGAGUGGAACACUGUUUUUACUUUUCCGAUCAAAGACAUCCAUGAUGUACUAGAAGUGACCAUAUUUGAUGAAGAUGGAGACAAACCUCCUGAUUUCCUAGGAAAAGUGGCCAUUUCCUUACUGUCUGUACAAAACAACCAGCAGAUUUCCUACAUGUUGAAAAAUAAGGACUUAGGGGGGCCAACAAAAGGGAAUGUGGUUUUGGAAAUGGAGGUUAUUUUUAACCCUGUGAGAGCAAGCAUCAGGACCUUCAAACCGAAGGAAAUGAAAUUCAUGGAGGACAAUCCUAAGUUUUCCAAAAAGAUUUUAGCAAGAAAUGUGUACCGUGUUAGAAAAAUCACCAGGGCGGUCCUGCAUACGAUCCAGUAUAUUAAAAGCUGUUUUCAAUGGGAAAGCUCACAAAGGAGCCUAAUAGCUUUCUUGAUCUUCGUGCUCACGGUUUGGCACUGGGAGCUCUACAUGCUGCCCCUCUUCCUCCUCCUCCUCUUCGCUUGGAACUACUUCCAGAUCGCUGCGGGGAAGGUCAGCCACACACACGACCUGGAUAAUAUGGACUGGUGUGAAGAUGAUGACGAAGAUGAAAAGGAAUCGGAGAAAAGAGGGUUGAUGGAAAAGAUCCACAUGGUUCAGGACAUUGUGAUCACUGUUCAAAACCUCCUAGAAGAGAUCGCAUGCUUUGGGGAAAGAAUUAAAAACACUUUCAACUGGUCGGUGCCAUUCUUGUCUGGUCUUGCUUGCCUGGUCCUCACUGUGGCGACAAUUAUAGUGUAUUUCAUACCACUGCGGUACAUUGUUUUACUGUGGGGUAUAAACAAAUUUACCAAAAAAUUACGGAAGCCCUACGCCAUUGACAACAAUGAAAUACUUGACUUCCUCCGCAGGGUGCCUUCCGAUAUUCAAAAGGUGCAGUACGCCGAGUUAAAACCCUCCGCCAGCCAGAGUCCACUGCGCAAGAAGAGAGGCGCCAUGUAGCGGAGGGCACGAGAUGUGGCGCUCUCCUCGAAAUUCCAGCAGUGCCAGGCCAGGGGCCACAUCGAUGUGCGUCGUAACCCUGUGUGUGUGUGUGUGUGUGUGUGUGGGUGCGCUGCACGCCCCCGACACCCGCACAGCCGCCGCGUCGGCAGCGAGGGCUGCUUCUGGAGCGUCACGAACCGUGCCAAGCCUCACCGAGAGGUCCCCGCGGCCUCGUUGUGUGUUUUCAGACUGACCGCUCCUUGUCCACUUGUUCCAGUUCGCUUGUGGGGCCACACAAGCUCCCAGCAGGACACUGGUCGCAGCAACUCAACUGUGGCUCGUCGGAAUCUAGAAAAGUGUUAGUCUGUCAUUCUGGGGGGAAGUGAAAAGGCGAACGGAAGUUCAAGGUCGACUUGAACCUUGACCGAAAAGGUGGGUAGGUCAACCCGCCUCCCCAACACAUAUUAAAAUACAUUGAAGUCUGAAAGCAAACCAUUAGGAUGAAUUGAAUCAAAAGGCAAAAGAUGAAAUUGACACUAAUAUUUUUGUUAUUUGAUUUUCAAGAGCAUGAUACUUAUGUAAUGAACAGCUGCUACAAACUGUCUGGGUCUUUAUCCCUCUGUAACGUUAGUUUUCUCACUGGUGAAGUUCAUUUUGCCAAAAUUGUUCUCCUUACAUAGACAACUAAAUGUUUAAGGUGCGUAAGAGGCUUUAGUUUUGUACAGAUCAGAGGUGUAUUGUCUCUGUAUCUACAAAGUGGGGGACAUCCAAUUAAUUUAAAUCUUACAUUUUUAUAUCAGAAAGUCUACAACUAGUAUGAAACGUGUUGAUCUAUUUUUUAAAAAGGUUUAAAUAACUGAGAAUUUCAUUGUUUUAAUUACAUUUUUAAAGUCAACGCAAGAUGCCAAUUUUUGAGGAAGGGAAAAGAGUAGUUCAGAUAUUGACACAAUCCACCAUCCACCUUCUGUUGUAUACCUCGUGUCAAGAAUAACCCUGUACAUCAGUUGAGAUUAAAAUAUUGAAUUAUGUAAUUUUAUAUUUUCUUUUUCUGAUGAUACUUUUUCAAUGCCAAAGAGCUUCUAUUGUCCCUCACCCCACACUUUAAAAUGUGCUUUUAUUCUGUAAGAAGAAAUUCAGACAUUUUUUGUGAAUAUGUAUUUUCUGAACUGUAAAUGCAUUGCAUAUAAACUACUAUAUUUCCCGAUUUGUACAUGUAACUUAUAGAUGUAUCUUUAUUUUAUGGUAAAUAAGAGAAAAGAAAAUUCUAAUAAAAAGGUAAU